AUGCCCAAACACAAACCAACCUCUGCCUCUGGUCCUCCAGCAAAGAAACAACGCUCUGUGAUGACCUUGGAAGAAAAAGUGGCCGUUUUAGACUUAAUAAAAGGCGGGAUGUCGGUCGCUGCUGUGGCACAGAGGAAAGGCCGCAAUGAAUCAAGCGUGAGGUCCAUUAAGAUUCGGGAGAAGGAAAUUCGUGAAACCGUCUCUAAAAGUGCCUCAUUUACUGCUAAGGUAACUAGCCAGGUUAGAGAUGUAACUCUAGUGAAGGUGGAGAAGGCAUUAAACAUCCGAGUAGAGGAUAUGAACCAGAAACAUAUCCCCAUCGACGGCAACAUGCUAAGGGAGAAGGCACUGAGUCUUUAUGACCAGUUUAAAUCUGAGGUUCCUCAGGGUGAAGCAUCCACCAGCUCUGAGAAGAAUUUUAAAGCCAGUGCAGGUUGGCUCAACAGUUUCAAAAAGCGUUUCAACCUGAAAAAUAUUAGAAUCACUGGCGAAUCAGCAUCAGCGGACGAGUCAACUGCAUGGGUGUUCCCAGAUGAAUUCAGGAAAUUGAGGAAUAUUGAUGUCUUCCAGAGCAGGUCUUCAACGCUGAAGAAACAGGUAAAGAGCUACCUGGAGAAGGUGGGCUUGUCUUUCAAGGUGUUGCUGGUCGUUGACAAUGCACCAGGCCACCCAGAUACCAUAAAAUUCGCACACGUUCCAUCCACCCAAUACCACCUCCAUCCUCUCGACCAGGACGUGAUUCAGUGCUUUAGGGCAGCGUACACAUGCCUCGCCUUCGUCUGCAUUCGCAACGCCAUGGAAGACAGCACUAACAACAGUGUUAUGGCAUGCUGGAAGGAAUUCGGCAUUGCCAAUUGCAUCACUUUUGUGAAGGAAGCCAUGGCUGCACUGAAACCAGAGUCGGUUAAUUCGUGUUGGCGGCCACUGUGGAGUGACAGUGUGCAUGACUUCAAAGGAUUCCCUACCAUUGACGCUGAAGUUAAGCACAUCAUGACGGUGGCCAGGGCUGUAAGCGGUGAUGGAUUUGAAGACAUGGUCGAGCAGGAAAUUGAGGAGUUAAUUGAAGGGCACAGGGACACUCUGACUGAUGCUUAG